AUGGGUGCCUCGCGCGCGAGCGCCCUCGCCUUUUUCGCCGGCGCCGCCAUCGCCGCGCACGUCCUCACACGCGACACGACGGUGGGAGAGGACGUCCUGAGCGCUCUGGCUUCGGGUGAAAUCUGGACGGUUUCACAAAAUUCUCCCUCGAGCGUCCUCUCUGUCGACACGCGAGAUACUUUGAGCGAUGCGAGCGCCGUCGAUGGGUUUCGAGACGUUUACCGCGCGAAGAUCGAGGCACUGGAGCUCGGAGAGGCGACGCGCGCGGCGUUGGCAGCGACGAAGCUGACGCUCGCGCUGUGGGCGCGCGUCUUCUCUCCGGCGACGAACGCGCUGUGGGACGCGCUGAAGACGGUGCUGCGAGCGAGCGGGGAUGAGGGUUUACGAUUCUUGCGCGAGACAGAGCCGAAGGUGCUCGCGCUGUGGGCGUUGGCGUGCGUCGGGGCGAUGUACGCGGUGCACGCGUGCAGACGCCUCGUCAAGCAUCUGAAGCGGGCGAGGUAUAGGAAUAAACUCAAGUUUUUCAUCAUAAGGACGCGAAUGCGGGCGAGUCGGCGCGUGCGAGCGAUGUUGGAACCGUACGCAAAGGUGUACAGGAGUAUCGCGGCCGUGGGCAUGGGAGUGAGACGGAGAUAUUCGCUUGUCGUCCACAGCGUGCGCAACAAGAGUCGAAUGGCGGCAAACGCGCUGCCACAUGGGAUUUUCUUAGUUUUAGGUUUUACGGUGUUCCGCAUUAUGCCACGCGGGUUGAGGCUUAUGCUGAAAAAGCGGGAGGCAUUGGCAACGAUAGCACUGCUGAUCCCGAUGUUUCAGACCAUGCUUGCGGUGGAGAGCAACGACAUGGCUCUCGUGGAGAAGUGGUUACGAUUCUGGGCGUCGUGCGCACCUUUCAUGAUGGCUGUGGACUUUCCAUUCAUCUUUUACGGCGUUCGGUGGUUCUUCCCGUGGUGGCCCGAGACUUUGGUGCUGUUCACGAUUUGGCUCAAUUUGCACCUCACGCGAGGAAGUCAUUUGAUUGUAGAAUUUUUCACGCCAAUCGUUGCUCAAGCGAUGGCGUACCUGAACAACUCACCUGGCAGGUUGUCCAUGAUCUUUCGGCGGUCGGUUCGGCAAGCGCUGCAGUUGAGCGUCAUAGUCUUGCGGUUUAGAUCUCGUCGCGCGGCAGAUGCGAUGCGUCUCGUCAUCGAUAACAUGAGCAUACCGUUGGUGAUGUGCACAAUGUUCUUCUUCACGCCAGGACUCAUCACGAUUUACGGUUGUGAUAUGGCGGGCUUAGUCGUCCCGUUUGCGUUCACCGUCGACGGUUUACUACAGUAUAGCGAGUUAAAGGCGCAACAGCCGAACGCAAAUCGCGCUCAGGCGCGAAAAGAGGCGCAGAAGCAUCACGAGGAAAAACUUCGAAACUGGUUGACAUACUGGCUGGCACAUGCGAUGCUCUGGUCGCUCUCUCAAGAGCUCUCAAAGAGCGUCCUGGGUUGGUUCCCGCUCUGGCGUCACACGCAACUCGUCGGCAUUUACUGGUUACAAGUUUUCGGCGGCGCCGAGCGCAUCACCGAGCGCAUGCAAGGUAUCAAAGAGAAAAUCAUGCAAGACCAUCAGCAAGCGUUGAAGGCUGCGAUUGCGGCUGAUUUAGAGGCUUCGGAAGCGGAGGAACGCGAAAGAGCCGCAAAAAGUGACGAUGCGAGCGUGGACACAGAACAUGUAGGCGAAGAAAAAGCGGAAUCGAUCGUCAGAGCAUCCAUCACUGACGAAGGAUUACGUAAAAGAACCGUCGUCGCGGACGAAUCACCAGUUAGUUGA